UGAACUGUAUGAUCCAAGAAAGAAACUCUUUUAGCUCUCCAAACUAGAAAUGGUCCACAUGUGACAUAUGGAAAAAGAGCCAAAAGGUUGAAGGGAAUAUUAUCUAUUAUAUAAGGAUAGUAUAGACCCUAUCCAUGUCAUAACUAACACCAGGGGAUGAGAUUCUAAACUGGAAGAAGAAGAACUAAUGUCUUAUUUAUAAGUUUUAUGAAAUAUCUUGUUUAAAUAUUAAUAAAAAUUAUUUUCAUUUACAAAUUUAAUUCUAAACUAAAAUUAAAAUAAAGAGCAAGAAGUUAAAUACUAAAAUUUAUUUCCUGAUUCUGCAACUUAUUUAAACUCUCUCUUAAUUUUAUUGGAACAAUCAAUUUUUCAUUUGUUAAAUUUUUUUGUAAUUUUCAGUUCAGAAUUAAUUAAUUUUAAUAUAUUGA